AUGAAUCUGGGCGAAGAGACUCAGGCUUCAUUUGAGAACUCCAAAAACAGUCUUGUCGCUGAGGAGCGAAGCUACUGGAUUGUCGGGCUUGGAUCAUACUGUAUGUCUUCUGUCAACGUCUGGAACACCAUGGUUGAAUACAUGAGCUUCCACGACACUGGCGUCCGGCCAAGAAGGGGCGCUAAUGCGUAG